AUGGUGGACAAGACACUGCUGAUCAGUGAUACCGGCGAUGAACGCCUUUCGAAGGAAGUUGACAAUGCAAAAAAUAGUGUGAUUUCCUCUUAUAUUUUGGUGAGAAAGAUUGUGAAUCAGCAACCAUUUUGCAUGCUAGUAAAUCCGUCACAAUGA